AUGGCUUCGAUGACAUUGAAAAAUAUAAACACGAACAUACUCAAGGUGGAGUACGCUGUGCAAGGUCCGCUAGUGGCUCGAGCUGGUGAAAUAGAAGAAGAAUUAAAAAUGGGAGUUGAAAAACCAUUCAAGAAUGUGAUAAGAGCGAACAUUGGAGACGCACAUGCCAUGGGACAAGUUCCGAUCACAUUUAUAAGACAGGUAUUAGCUUGUAUUUCGUAUCCGGAACUCAUUGAAGAAGGAAAUUUCCCUGAAGAUGUCAAAAAAAGAGCACGAGAAAUCUUAAACAGUUGCAGUGGCGGCUCGAUAGGAUCUUAUUCAGCUCCGUACGGUAUCGAUCACAUCCGACGCCACGUGGCCGAGUACAUCGAGAGACGAGACGGUCUGCCGGCUAACUGGCAGAAUGUGUUUCUCUCCGCCGGCGCGUCCACAGCGAUCAAGUAUUGUUUGCAACUGUUUAGCAACGAUACGAAUGGACAAAAGAACGGUGUUUUGACUCCCAUUCCUCAAUACCCAUUAUAUUCCGCUUGCUACGCAAAAUACGGCCUCACUCAAGUGGGUUAUUAUUUAGACGAGGCCACUAACUGGAGUCUUAGUAUAGAAGAGUUAGAGCAACGAUUAAACGAGGCUAAGAAGAAGUGCAAUGUGAGGGUUCUCGUGGUUAUUAACCCCGGAAAUCCAACGGGACAAGUUCUAAGUCGUAAAAAUAUGGAAGAUAUUAUCAAAUUCGUCUACAAGCAUAAUUUAUUUCUUUUAGCCGAUGAGGUCUACCAACACAAUAUAUAUGCUGAAGGUAUCCAAUUCUUCUCUUUCAAAAAGGUUAUGAUGGAACUAGGCGCACCGUACUCAUCUAUCGAGCUGGCUUCUAUUAUGUCAGUGAGUAAGGGCUACAUGGGCGAGUGCGGUCUGCGAGGAGGCUGGGUGGAGCUCACCAACUUCCAUCCCGAUGUUCAAGCACAACUGUAUAAGUUCAUGUCGGCCAUGGUCUCGCCGAAUAUAUUGGGGCAGGCGGCCAUUGACUGCGUGGCUAAGCCACCUUCACCCGGAGAGCCUUCAUAUGAUUUAUGGCUGCACGAGAAGACUUCAGUGCUUGCAUCUCUUAGAGAACGUGCAAAGAUGAUAACUGAUGGACUUAACACAGGCCAGGGAUUUAGAUGUAACGUAGUGCAGGGAGCAAUGUACGCCUUCCCUACUAUUAUUCUGCCUCCUAAAGCCGUCGCAGCAGCUGAAGAAGCCAAACAACCACUUGACGUUUUCUAUGCUUACAGACUCUUAGAAGAAACUGGUAUUUGCGUGGUUCCCGGCACCGGGUUCGGCCAGGCUCCGGGAACUCAUCACAUACGAAUGACCAUCCUGCCGAAGAUGGAAGAUCUUCGCACUAUGAUACAUAUUAUUAAAACCUUUCACCAGAGCUUUAUCGAACGAUAUACCUAA